AUGUGCUUCUCUAUCUUUGCUCAUUCUCGACGAGCCUUGCGAUCUAGGAAGCCCAAACCCACUGUGGCUCAUGCAGACCCGGCCAUACCCUCACCUGAUGGCAAGUGCCAUUUCUUCCGCCUGCCGGGUGAACUCCGAAACAUGAUAUAUGCGUACGCCCUGAGUAGUGACCAUCCGGUCCGCUAUAUCCUCGACACGGACAACGUAGGUCACCUUUGCAGUUUUCCGAUCCCUGCAAACAACUGGAUCGGUAACUAUUGGUUGCCCGAUAGCGAACAUAACGCUGUCCGUGAAUGGAUAAUUUGGAACAUGUUAAAGUUCGCCAAUCGGCAGUUGUACAAUGAAACACAUAAUCUCACCCUUCGGUACAACGAACUAUUCUUCGGAUGUAUCACUGACCUAUCAGAUUUCCUCGAUGUCUGCCCAGCACACUUUCACAGCAGAUUUGGCAUCAUUUGGAUCAAACUUGGCAUAGCUCGGUCACCCGCCAGUGCUGUAAUCGACGCAGAUCCGGCUGAAGUGGAAAACGUAUUUCGAUUCUGCCGUGAUAAUCCUCAUGUAUCUGUGCGAGAUCUGGACAUGUCAUUAAUCGUUGAUCAAGGUUCAUUCGUGCUCAGAGUUGUUGACAUACAGAUGCUUGCCAGAAAAAGCACCGAGUUCCUACAGAAGUUCAUCUCUUCAGCAAGGUAUCAGCAAACUCUAAUAGAUUUCUUUCUGAGAGAUAAUCAUGUAAAAAGCUUAGAUGCCUUUGCCUGGGACUUUCCGUCGAACUAUCGUUUUUGGGCUUCGCCAAGGAGGGAGCCUGGGGAAACGAUCAUGGAAACGUUCAUCAGGCUCACUUCCAAUAUGGAUUAUAUCCCACGGCGGGCAUUUCCAGACACUCCUGGUAAACUGGAAAGAUGGACCACUAUGGCAAAAGACAUAUUCGAGAAUGGUAUUUGA